AUGAAUGAAGUCAUUAUGUUAAGGCUUCGUUCUUGGAAUGAACUCUUUAUUUUGUUAAGGAAGAAGGUUCACUAUAGCCCUUUCAGGUUCACAAUUCCCCUUUGUAAUGCAAUUAUGUAUUACAAAGGGGAUGGUCUAAUUGUCGUUACCUGUUCAAAGGAAUUUGCAAGUUUUGAUUUGUUUGUUGAGGAGGUUUCUAAUGGUUGUGCUUCCAGCUCUUCAUCUGGUAUUUCCACGCAGUCGCUCAGUGACGAUGAAUUAUAUAGUGGGUUCAUUGAGACUUCAAAGAUUAAAUACCUGACGGAAGGUCAUGAGCAAUUAAAAACUCUUUUAUCUGACGGUUGGGAGGACAUUUUUAAAGGUGUUGAUCAAGUUUUUCAUGUUGGUGUUGAAGAGGUUCGGUUAGCUGUCAACAAAUAUUGCAGCAAGUCUGGUUAUUCAGUUACAAAGGUUAAGAAUGACAGACUUAGGUUCACAGGAAAGUGUGGUAGGGAUGCAGAAUGUCCUUGGUAUCUGCACUGUAUUCCAAUUGAUACCGCGAAAAAUGUCUUUGCUAUCAAGGAAUUCAAUGGGGAGCAUAAAUGUGGUGGUGCUUAUAAGUUGAAGGAUCCCCCUGUGAAGAAGAAAUUGAUUAAACAUAUAUUCAAUGAUCAAAUACAGUCAAAUCCGUCGAUAAAGCCUAAUGAUAUGGUUUCUCAGGGAAGGAAGCAUCUAAGGCAGAGAUAUAAAGGUGAUGAUAUAAAAAGUUAUACAGAUCUUGUUUGGUAUGUUGAAGAAAUAAAGGCUACCAAUCCUGGAAUCUAUAUUAAGUUUGAAUAUGAUAAAGAAACUAAACGUUUUGAGAGGCUUUUCAUAUGUUUUGAUGCCUGUAUCGAAGGAUACCGGUUCAUCCGCCCUAUGCUUUACUGUGAUGCAACAUUUCUCACUGGGAGAUUCAAGAGAACAUUGAUGGAUGCCACUGGUGUGGAUGGAAACCAAGGUUUAUUUCCUUUUGCGUUUGCUUUAGUUCCUUCGGAAGAUAUUGAAGGUUGGGAGUGGUUCAUGGAAAACUUGCAUCAUUGUGUUGACUCUCGUCCUAUCACCUUUAUCAUUGAUCGUCAUGAAGGGCUGAAGCAAAGUGUUCCUAAGUAUUUUCCCAACUCUUAUCAUAGUUACUGUUUUUAUCAUUUGAAGAAUAACCUCCCCAUCAAGAAUGGACAUGAGAAGUAUAAACAAGUUCUGGAUUUGUUCCAUAAAGCUGCAUACCGCUACAGUGUUGCCAAAUAUGAGUAUACUUUGAAUGAGAUGUGCACCAUAGGAUGUGGUUGGGUUGCCAAGUACAUCAGAAAUAUCGAUUCCAAGCACUGGGCAAAUGCUUUCUUCGUAGGAUGUAGGUAUGACACACACUCAUCAAGUAUUGCAGAGUCUUUCAAUAACUGGAUUCAUCGUGAAAGGGAUCUGCCUCCAGCUACUCUUGUUGAUGAGCUCAGGAUAAAGAUUAUGAGGAUGAGUUCAGAAAGGCGUGAGCUUGGUAGAACUUAUCAAGAUAAUUUGACUCCCAUCUACAAAGCUUUACUCAAGUCACAUAUCGAUAUAGGUCGUCCAUGGAAUGUUACCGAGUCAGGUAAUGGUAUAUAUGAGGUUCAUUCAUCCUUACUUUGGUUCAAACCACUUUCGCAAUCUUAUGCUCCUGCAAUUCGACCCAUUCCCAACUACGACAGGCCAGAAGCGUAUGAACCUAAAGAGAGAGUCCUUCCUGGUAUUCCAAGGCCAUCUCCAGGGAAACCACCAAAGAAGCGUAUUCGUAGUGCUUAUGAUAAGGAGAGGAGGCCUAUGGAAUGCUCAAAUUACAAGAAGAUUGGGAACCACAACAAAGCUUCCUGUCGUGUAUUAAUGCUGGAGUAA